CUGCAAUCAUAAUAAUAACAAACGCGUCGCGACGGACUUUUGUUAUCAAAUAUUGCGGAGUCAUAAUAUCUCUGUCCACGAUUUCGCGCAGUACGCGCAGCUGUUGUGAUGUCGAAGACGUGAGUCUAACGGAAACAGUUUCGACAGGAUGGGUGACAUAAGGGCUGGCCUCGAGGACUUAAAGCUCGACAGUGCUCUGUUCGCCAAUGUGAAAUACUACGUCAGCGGUGCGGGCGAACCGAAGAUUUUGAAUUUAUUGCAAGAAGGUGGGGCUGAGAGGUCUAAUUAUUUUAGUGAUUAUGUUACACAUCUGAUAGCAGGCAAUGAAGCAUUAGAAAAUGACAUUUCUGCAGCAAAGGAUCUAUAUGAGAUACCAGCAGUCACACAAAAUUGGAUUUUAUAUUCUGUUAAAUGCAACAAGCUUUUGCCAACGCAAUAUUUCUCACCAGAAGAGAAUCAGUUGUUUUCGAACAUAAAUGUCUGCCUAUCCCAGAUAAGUCGAGCAGACAGCAAGUCUCUAUGGGCAAUGAUAACACUGCAAGGCGGCAAAUGUCAGCUACGCUUGGAUAAAUAUUGCACUCAUCUGAUUACGGGCAAAGCAAGUGGUAUAAAGUAUGAAACUGCUACGAGACAUCAUAUAUCAAUUGUAACGCCUGAUUGGAUAACGGAAUGUUGUAAGAAAGGUACUCUCGUUAGCGAAGUGGAAUAUCAUCCUAGACUGCUAGUGUCUCCAAAUAGCUCGACAGCGAUGAUUACUGGAUUCAUGGACGAAGAUACGGAUAAUAAUGUUGCACAAGAGGAACAAGAUAGGACGAAGGCCAUGUUGGAACAACUCAAGCAACGCAUGCCAUGGAAUCAGCCAAGUCCACCAGUGUCUUCAAGUGCUUCGCAUAGCCUUGGUGCAACCAGUACAGUUCCUUAUUCGACAAACGGACAAAAUACCGUGAAUGUGCAGCCACAACAGCAUCUUCCACGAUCAGUUUCCUCGACCAGUUUGAGUACUUCCACUGUUACUUCAUCAGUCUCUGACCAGGAUGUUAUUAAUCAAACAAAUUGGCUUUCUCAGACAUCUCAGCAAAAUAAUAUUUCUCAGCAAAUAAAAGCUGUACCGUCACAAAUGCAGCAGCAAGAACUGUCUCCGCAACAACAGCAAAUGAAUAUGCAACAUCAAUUGAUACAGCAACAACAAUUAACAUCGCAACAGCAAUUAACGCAGCAACAACUCACACAACAUCAACAACAGUUGCAGCAACCAUCAUACAACCAACAACAACUUUUGACUCAGCAGCAGUCGCCUCAGUUACAGCAACAACAAUUAGUAGGGCAACAGCAAUCGAUAAUGUCUCAACAACAGCAACAACCAAUAAAUUCGCAAUUAUCUCAGCACCAGCUAAAUACGCAGCCACAGCAAUUAUUGACAUCGCAACAAAAGCAAUUAAAUCAACAUCAAAUUAUUCAACAACAACAAUUACAGACUCAGCAGCCACAUUUGACACAACAGCAGCAGCAAGUGCAAUUAGCAACUCAACAACAGCAGCAACAACAACAAAUAGUGAUGCAACAGCAGCAGCAAUUACCUUCUCAACAGCAACAAAUAGCAGGUCAACAUCAAUUGACUCAACAACAGACUCCAUCGCAGCAACUUACUUCUGAGCAAAGGCAACUUCUUUUGCUGCAACAGCAGCAGCAGCAACAGAAGAUACAACAGAUUUCACAACAAUUGCAGCAAUCUGCUCCUCAGAACUCCCAACAAUUUAUUAUAAGGGACGGUCAACUACAACAACAGUCACAGAAUCAGCAGUUAAUUGGACCAAAUCAGCAAGGGUUUAUCGUUCAACGGGAUUCACAGUGGCAACAACAGCAAUAUCAUUUACAGCUGCAAAGACAACAGCAACAACAACAGAUUGGUGCUCAAAGGUCUGGAGGACAAUGGAAUCAACAACCGCCUCAACCUCCCAGACAAUUAAUUCAUUUGGACGCGCAAACACAUCAGCAAUUGCAGCAGAUGGAUCCCCAACAGAGGGCUCAAUUCAUCCAGAAGAUUCAAAAGCAUCGAAGCAGCCUAAUAUUACAAAGGCAGAUGCAGAAUCGUCAGGCGCAGCAAGGCUCACACAUCGCUGUUAUAAGAAGUCCUGGUAAACCAGUACAGCCAGGCAGUUUACAGUGGGUUCAGCAAGCUCGACCGCAAAUGAUGGGACCGCAACUCACGCAAACUCCAGGACAGAAACCUGUUCAUCCUGGAGUACAGCCACCAGCAUUAACUCCGAUAAACUCUUCUAAUCAAGUCAUCGUAUCAGCCGGUCAGGCCGUUCAAGGCCCGCAGGCGUCACAAACAGGUCAACCAUUCCAACAAGGGCAGCUCACUCCUCAACAAUUAGCACAACUACAGUUACAGAAGCAGCAACAAAUGGUUAGAUUACAGCAGUUGCAGCAUUUACAACAACAGCAACAACAAGGCGCGCAGCAAGAACCACCGUUAGCGUCUCUGCCGAGUAACGCGCAGAUACCACCGGAUCAGCAGCUUGUCGUGAAUGCUAAAACAAAAACUGCGCUGGCAAAUAUGCUGACUAAUAGAUUGCAAGGUGGUGCCGCCGAGGGUAGUGCAGCUGGUCAAUUGAGAUUAAUGACUGCGCAGCACCGACCUCCACCCCCACCUUCACAGGAUCCGCAGCUUCUAGCCGCUUAUCAAAGAAGAACUCUGGGGAAUAUAACAAAUGGCGCACCAUCAGGUGCACCUAUAAAAAUGCAAUAUGCUCCAGUUGUGCCACAACCUAAGGCUCAGUUUUAUGGUCACAAUCCAAAUUUGAAAUUGCCCCUAGAGGUAUUCUUGUUAGGAUGUAUCUUUGUCAUUGUUGAAUAUGACGUGCAACAUCUUAAUGAAGUAUCAGUCUGGAAACAAGUUAUUGAGAGGCAUGGUGGCGAAGUAGAGUCACAAUAUUGUACUCGAACAACGCAUGUACUUGCCAUCACGCAGAAACAUCCGACUGUAGUGCAAGCAUUGCGCGAAGGAAAACGUUGCGUCAGUGCAUAUUGGCUUUCUGAUGUUGUCAGCAAGCAACAAUUAAUCCCACCUUGGCAUGUUCUUCAUUUUCCGACGCCAUUUAGUUUAACUGAACUUCCAUGUGGCAAGCAAAUCAUAUCAUUUUCUGGCUUCGAGGGAGAGGAACGAGCAAAAGUCAAGUACAUGUUAGAAGCUUUGGGUGCAAAGUAUACGAAUUACUUUUCCAGACAUAAUACUCUUCUUGUUUGUAGAAGACCAGAUGGACUGAAAUAUAAAAAGGCACGUGAGUGGCAAACUAGUGUUGUAAAUGUACAAUGGUUGACAGAUUUACUAUGCGGGCAGAUGAAUGCUUUGCAUCAAAUUGAGGGUCCAAAGUAUCAACAGUUUAGUCUGAGUAAUCCUUUCAGACUAGAUUAUUCACUAGUGCCUCAUCUUAUGGCUGCUUGGAAAAUGCCAAUAAAUAUUACACAAGAAUCAUAUGACAAAGUACAACAGGUUGGUCAGGGUCCAAAUUCGAUAAGAAAAUACAAGAAACCACGUCUGGAUGACCCAUUAUUGAAUAAAGAUCCACAUCUUCUGGGUUUAGAUGAACCGAUUGUCAUUAGCAAUCCUGAUCCUCCACCACCCGAUAAACAACCAAAAAUACUAUUUUCUGGUAUAAAUCCUAAAAAUCAUGCCAAGAGAAUUCGAGAACUGGGAGGAGCUUUAGCUGCCAGCUGGCGAGAUGCUACUCAUCUUGUAAUGUCAGCACCAUUACGAACAGUAAAAUUAUUGUGUUGUUUAUCACGUUGUAAAUAUAUCGUCAAUCUUCAAUGGUUACUCGAUUGCUCCGCAAAAAAUACCUUUGUGGAUGAAAGCGCGUAUAUGCUUGGUGAUCCCGAAUUUGAGAAAAACUUUAAUUGCAAUAUCGAAAAAACUUUAGCAAGCCCCAAUCGAGGGACUGUACUUAAGGGUAAAAUAUUUUAUGUCACGCCAAGUGUGAUACCAUCCCCCUCGGCAAUCGCGGAAAUAAUAGAAAGUGCAGGAGGUAUAAUGGAAAAGACACGUAGACCAAUUGUUCAAAUACAAGAAAUGAAUGCUGGAAAAUUAAAUUAUAUUAUUGUGACCCAUGACAAUGACCUCCAUCUCCUUUCUGAUGUUUUACGUGCAAAUAUUGAUGUAUACAGUGCAGAAAUCGUAUUAGGUGCCGUUGCACGACAACAUUUCCAACCUGACACAAGUUAAAUU